GCCGUUCUACACAUCAUAACUGAUAUGUGCUUGGGCCGUGAACGAUGUUGCUCAGGACCGACGUGCGCGCCUAAUUUUGAGCUCUAUGGAGUCGUACAUGCGGCGGAGAGCUCUUAAGGAGCCGAGCUGACCGUCUGGCUAGUUCCCCUCCUUUUGUUCCUUCCUGCUGCUCUUAGUAGCGUUUCCUUUCCGUCAACCGUGACUACUCUUUAACCACUUUGCUUCACGAAGAAAGUGGGUUGCACAACAGAUAACCCUGUCUUCGCCUGCACCAAACGUUCCAAUGUCAUAUUACGCACAACCUUUCCAGCCAUUAGGCCAACCAAUUUCCACAGUAAACUCUCCGAAUUAUGGCUGGAGCUUCUCAUCCGCACCUCCUCUACAAGUUACGAACGCACCUCCACUGGGGCCCAAGGUGCAAUACGUAGUUGGAUCCCCGCAAGGCAACUUGCGUCGUACACAGUCAAUUCAUGGUCCUUUCCCUGCUGUGUACCCAGGUGAAAAUUACGAGAGACGCAACCGACAUAGAAAGUCGCAUGCACAUUAUUCGAAUCAGCCUGCUCGAAACCGCUCAAGCUAUGGCCCUCGGUCCGGAUAUAACCCGCCUGCGCCAGCAAUUAGUUUUCCUGAACCGGAAUACUAUCUUCCGUAUGCCUAUGGUCCGCCUCCACCCUAUCCAGGUGGACCCACUUAUGGGAUAUCCGCUGACGAGAUUUCAUUGCAACCCGAGCACUGUACUUUCCUCAUGGAUGCCGUAAAGGAGAUGGAUCUCUGCAGUAGGAUAUUCUCUACGUGGGUUCAACAGCUCAACAGUGCCGACGUAGGAAGGAAAGACAAAGUCGAGGCGAAUAUCGUCUCCAUGAUCACCGUACUCGCCGAUGAUGCGGUCAAGAUGCUUACCGCUUCGCGAAACAUACUCUCCUCGUACAAGGCCCUCGCACGGCUCAUGGACCGACGACUCUCCACUCUCGCCUCUUCCGCACAGGGUGGCGACCUAUUUGCACCUCAAGUACAAGACGACUUCCAAACUCUUUCUCUAGACGUGCACGUACACUCCGUCGAGAUCUCUGCAUGCGUCGAGAAGAUGCAAGAAGGUCUACACGGUUUACACGACGCUGUUUUACGUACACACGAGAAAUACUCUUUCCGCAAGAAGUUUUGGGGAUGGAUGUGUCGUGUGUUUAGGUUUAUUGCGCAGGGUCUUUUCUUGAGUGGGGCUGCUACGGCGCUUGCUCACCCACUUGGGCUUGUGGGAACUGCUGCGAUACAUGUUGGUUCGGGACUUGCGACUGUUGUCGCCUCUGUAUGCGAGAAGAUUAAAGAAGCGUAUGAUGACGAAGAAAAGGGUAUCAACGAAGUAAUGAAGCUUCUUCAGGGGAAGAUUCCCAAAUCGAUGCGUGUUGCGCAAACGGCGCUCGAGAAGUUCCAAGCAGCGCACAUUGUGUUCCGCCAGCAUCAGCGCGUUGCGCAGGGCCGGGCAUCGGGGUACAUCGCACCGACAGAGGCAGCGCGAGCCAGAAGCGGCUGGAAGAAGGCGGCGGAGCUACUGGAGUGGAAAGAUAAGACAACUCUUCAGUUGAACAUUGACAGCAUGUCGUGGUAGUAUCCGUGAUACAAUCUCAUCCUGUUUUUCUAAGUUCUUCAUCUUGUUUUUCCUUGCGCUUCCUUUUCAUGCAUACCCAGAAUGUACUUGUUCGUUGUAAUUGCUUGCCUUCGAUGUUUCCCAUGUACAA